GCGGCGAGCAGGCAGCGAGCGCCGCAGCCCGCAGCCCGCAGCCAAACGCCGCCAGGCCGGGGAAGGGGAACGGUGGAAGAGAAGUGGAGCACCAGCGAACCGCAUAUGCUCGGGGUUCUUCGUCGCGCAGCCCUCGCCGCAGCGUCAUCGCCGGCGGCGGACCUCCGACAGUUUCAGUGUGCUUACCAUAGAAGCAGUGAGAGAUUAUCACCUAUCCGAGACCAAGAAGUUUCAUAUGGUCUUAAUUGGGCUAUUGCUGGAAAAGGUGUCAUUGUGAAAGAUAAGGUCCUCCAUAACUUGGAAACAUCUGAGCUUCAGAAAGGUGGCGCUACUUACCCUGACUUUUUGUCUGGUAUACCACUUCAUGUUAGAGGAGAUGUUAUUGGUGGUGUCCCUGGUGUUUCUAAAGCUCAAUUUGCAAAGCUUCUAAAACUGGUAGGUUCUAAAUUUUGGCUUCACCACUCAGGCCCUGUUCGUUUUUUGUCAAACAAUGGGGAUUGAGGGGGAACAAAUCCCCUAUAAGUCAAAAUCCUCCUCAAUCCCUUCCAAUCCCCCCCCCCCCAAAUCCCCAUGAUUUUGGGAUGAAACGAACAUGGCCUCAAUGGGAUGAUGAUAUUCAAUGAUGAUUGUCAUGAAUGGAGCUGAAAUACUGUUAGUCCCUUUUUUUAGCAUCUGAUUUUUUUUCUCAUUUUUAAUUUAGUUGUGACAUCUCCCUAUUUGUUGAAGGGCAGUCCUGGUGCAACAAUGAGAGCUGUCUCACUGAGUCAUCAGGUCACGGGUUCGAAGUAGUCUCUCCGUAUUUGCGGGGGAAGGCUUGCUUCGGUUUAUCCCUAUCCUAGACGUCACAUAUGGGAGCCUCCAACAGUGGAUCUACCUUUUUUUAUCUCCCUGUUUGUUGACAGACUACUUGCUUGCAUAGGUGACGUUCCAUCUUUCAUCCAUCUCGUGUCUAUAUGUUCAAGAUGGCGCCAUUGGUUCCUCAGCAGAAUGUGAUGCAAAGGUUCGGGUCAUUAGUGAUAAUCCCUCUGCUGUUAUGUUACUGUCGAAUGUCCUUUGGAAAAUACCAGAUCGUGCGAUUUCCCAUGACACAUCCCCUUUGACUAUAUAUGCUACCAGUUCAAUAAGUAACAACGUUAAGACUGUUCUUGGUUCUGGAACACAAUAUGCUAAUGGAUUUGCUGUGGCGGAUAUUGAACGAUCAUCUCUAAUCCUAUGCGGUAAAGCAUUUGCUGAUUCAGCUAUCGUGAAAGAUGCACUUACUGCUAUGACAGCCCCAAUAUUGUCUGCAAGAGGAGGCCUCCCUGUUCCAGGAUGGAUUCUGAACUUUGGUGGUUCUACUGUAUUAUUGUUUGCCCCAGUGGAAAUCAUGAUGUCCUGCGUAGAAAUCCACAAUGCUCUAUUGUCCAUUGACUGUGGUGCAGUCAUAUCUUCCAAGGGGUCUACUGUGCUUUUCCCAACAAAGGCAAGCAGGGAGCAGAAACUGCUUACCAAACCAACUGCAGUAAUUAUCGUAUCAUCUGAUAGCUCUGGCGCCAUACCAUCUGUAUGUAAGCUCUCUCCUGGCCAGGCUGCCUACCAUUUCUUGGCUGGAUAUCACGAUGGAAAAUUUGUCCCAGCAUACAACAGAGCCCCCUCUCCUGCUGACCCACUUGCACUUGCAAGUUCUUUAUUCUCACAUUUGAAAGAAGAUGAUACACCAUCGUAUCUGAUCAACGCUAAGCACUCUGGAAAGUACAUUGACGGCAAUGGGUUUAUGAAAUUAUUAAAGCUGGCACUAUCUCACGAUCUUCCUGACAUCAAAACUGAAGGCUCUAGAGUUGGGGAACUCAAGGGGAAGUACAGGAGCUUUCUAUCCAGCAAGUUUGGCCAAUGUUUACCCGAGGAAUUCUCUUUUUAGGAGAUACACCCUGAGGUUGCAAUGAACAUGUAUAUUUACUGGCAUAGGUUUACAUUUUGGUUUGAAAAGGUGUCAGUAUUCCCAUUCUGUCUCAGUUUCAAUGUAAUACUCUAUUACCUUACAUUGCAUCUUUCCGCCUCCUGGUGUUUGGAUAUACUGACGUAACGACAAUGUAGCUAGUACCUACAUGCAUGAAUUGUCUUGUGCACUCCGCUUCA